UGUGGGUUAAGAGGUAAAACGCAUGCUCUUUACCAGACACCGCAGUCAACGCGGGCUCAGUAAUGGAGGCUGCUUUGGAGGCCCUUAGAUCGGUCUCCGAUACAGAUCAAGCCAAAAAUGCUCUUUCUUUGAUACAAGUCUAUGUGAACAACAUAGUGAAAGAUCCAGUGAAUCCCAAAUACAGAAAAAUUCGAAUAAGCAAUCCAAAGUUUAACACAGUCAUCUGGCAGCUGGAACAAGCAAGGACAUUUUUGCUGUUUUCAGGAUUUGAGCAGGAAGGUGACUUUUUGGUUCUUCCAUCCUCUAUAAAACUAGAUGGAGCCAAGUUGUUGAUUGAUGAAGCUCUUGGUAUUUUACCAUCAAAUCAAACAAGUCAUGCUACCAGCGCUUCUUCAAAUACAAGUCAGGCUAGCAGUGUGCUCAAGCUUAAUACACAAAAAGACUCUAGUUUGUUUGAUCAAGAUGUGAAGGCAGAUCUUACCUUGCUCUCCUACAUGAAAGAAAUGGGUUAUGAUAUUGUUGUCGCAGAGAUUGCUUUAAUUGCGACUAAAAACAAGGGGAUUCAGCCAGCUAUUGAUUGGAUAAACCAGAAUCCUAAUAAAGCAACCUCAAUAAAGUUGCAGCAAUCAGGGACUAAAGUGGUAGCUACAGAUGUACUGCAAGGUGACGCACAUGGUGUCAGUCAGCACUCACUUGCAAGUAGCUCUUCACCUGCUCCCACACCGGUGCAAUCUAGAUUCCAAAAAACACUAGAUGAGAGGCACAAGUUUCAGGAAAGACUCAGGCUGGAGGCGAUUGAGGAGGCAAAGUAUGACAACAACCCCUUCACAUGUACAUUUAACUAGUGUCAUUUUCUUAGAUAUCGUUAUAAGUUUAAGCACAAAAGACUGACUCAUCCAUUCCUCCUCUAACCUAGUUUGGUGACCAGUACAUCCUGUAUCGUUCCUCAUGUUACAAGUGUAUGCUAUGUGUACGUUGUUGUGCUUGUUAAUUCCUACUAAAUUUCUCAUUUCCCAAACAUGUUGGGUAACAAUAAACAAGAGGGGAGAGUGGUAAGGGUCAGAUCACUUCCAGGUUUUGACUUACCAAGUUGAUUUAAGGUCAUUCCCCAGUAUAGGAGAAUCUUUGCUUACAAUAUUUGCCUCAUUACC